AAUGAGGAGACUGCCUUGCUGCAUGAGGAGGCUGCAAUGACUAUUGAAGAGCUUCUGACUCGAUACGGGCAAAACUGUGUCAAGGGCAAGCUGGGCCCACCAGGCAAAGAUGUAACCCAGGAGGAUGCCCGGGAGCCAAGUUUGAAUGGUGAAGUAGAUGCUGAGGAGCCCUUGAGGCAUCAUAAGGAGGCUGAAGAAGAGGAGAAAAAUGGCAAAUUGUGCUCUGAGACCAUCAGUACCUCCCAUGGUCCAGAUGUGGCUGGUGGAGGGGAUGCUGGUACUUGCCAAAAAAAGACCUCUGAGGGAGCAUCUCCUACCAGUGGUGAGAUGGAGCCAUCCUGCUCGUCUGCAAGCAAGAGCCAGCAAGUGAUCAAGUCAAUGUUCUUUGAGGACAGUGAGGAUGAAUCAGAGGAUGCAGAAGAGGAAGAAGAUGACGAUAGUGAGGAAUGCAGUGAGGAUGAGGAUAGCUACAGCAGUGAGGAAGAAGAAUAUGAUACUGAAGAAGCAGAAGAGGAAGAUGAUGAAGACAUGAUGCUCCCAGGAAUGGAGG